CUCGGCUCCAGGCCGCAUCGCGAUCAGUCAUCUCUUUCCCUCCCAGCCUUCCUCCUGCGUCUCGCUCUCGCCGGAGGUCAGGCGCACCGCCGCCGGGCGAUGGACGCCUCCUACCGCCGCGCCGGCACCGGGAGCGGCUCCGCUCCCCGCUCCGUCGAGGACAUCUACAAGGACUACCGCUCCCGCCGCUCCGCCAUCCUCCGCGCCCUCACCCACGACGUUGAGGAGUUCUACGCGCUGUGCGAUCCAGAGAAGGAGAACCUGUGCCUGUACGGCUACGCGAACGAAGCGUGGGAGGUAGCGCUGCCGGCGGAGGAGGUGCCCACGGAGCUUCCGGAGCCGGCGCUCGGGAUCAACUUCGCGCGCGACGGGAUGAACCGUGGCGACUGGCUCGCGCUCGUCGCCGUACACUCUGACUCGUGGCUCGUCUCCGUCGCAUUCUACUACGCCGCGCGGCUCAACCGCAGUGAUCGGAAGCGUUUGUUCGGCAUGAUGAAUGAUCUGCCAACUGUUUUUGAAGUCGUCUCCAGUGGUGUGAAGCAAUCAAAAGAGAGGGAUAGAUCCGGUACUGACAAUGGUGGUAGAAAUAAACUGUCGGUAAAGCAAACAAGCGAGCCACGAUUAGAAAAUAACGCCAGGGAGCCUGAUGAGGGCUACGAUGAAGAUGACAGCAACCACAGCGAAACCUUGUGCGGGACAUGUGGUGGAAUAUACAGCGCUGAUGAGUUCUGGAUCGGGUGCGACGUGUGCGAGAAGUGGUACCAUGGCAAGUGCGUGAAGAUCACACCUGCAAAGGCGGAGAGCAUAAAGCAGUACAAGUGCCCAAGCUGCUGCAAUUCAAAAAGACCUAGGCCGAUUUAGGCCUAUAGCAUCGCCCUCCUCCCGGGAGGACGGCCAUGGAUGGAAGAAGACUGGACAAGCAGGUCAGAGUUUCCUCUUGCGCAAGGUCAAUGCCGCCUUGCGAUGUUUACUGUACCUUUUCGAUUAAGCUUACAUAUGACGAACGAUGAUGAUGCUAAUGUUAGCAGGGAAAGAUCACACAUUAAUUUAUAAUCUUUUUGUGGUUUCUCCAUGCCGUGGAGAGUUAUGGUAGUCUGUAUGUUGCCGGAGAAGGAAUAGGGGCAGAGGAAGCCUUUGUAAUCUUUCUAUAGGUGGAAUGUGCAGCUUAUGCGAAGAUAAUAAUAAUCCGUGAUGUUCAUGUUAAUAUAUUUUAUUUACU